AUGGCCGACCCGUUGUACUGCCUACGCGGCGCCACAAUUGCGAUCGCCGUCUGGAAUAUUGUAGGUUUUUUUUCUUUUUUGGCUGAAACUUUCCUUUAAAUCGUGUGUGAGUCAUCGAAAACUAGGCGACAAGCGCAUGCUUAUCACCGGCCUUUGCUUGGCUGCCCGCAGGUUGUGUUUGGCUCAGUGGCUAAUCGUUUUGGCUUUGAUGCACACCGACCCCCACAAGUUCGAACCCACCCCCCUCUCUCCAUUUCAGAUCUAUUGUUUCAUCCAAUUCGGCCUGCUCGGUUGGCAGUUUCAAGUCGUCAAAAACAUUCUCGCCGAGUACGAGAAUCGACAGUUGCCCGCCACUGGAGCGUACGUGAAAAUUUGAUAGCGAAAAAUGUGAAAACUUACUUGCAGAAUUGAUGGAUUCCAGGCUCGAUUUCCCGGAUUGUAUCAAAUUUACACGGAAACGCCGGAACGACGAAGAGCCAACGGUAUUUUUGGGGACGUUUCGGAGAGUUUGGGUAGAAACACGGUUUCAGCAAUGUACGUCAUCAUCAUAGUCUGUCUAAUAUUCGCCAUUCUCAACUUGCUCACUUCUGCUCUCCUCCUUUAUGCCGCUUUUAAGGUAUAAAUUGUUUAAAGCGACUUUAAAUGACGCAUUUUGGUUUCAGUACCUACGCGUAUUGAUUUGGCCGUGGUUCGCCACUUCGGUGCCUCUCUGCAUCAUGACGACUGUCUACGCGGUGUUGUGGUGGAGCGGGGUAAGUUAGGCCAUCAAGUAUGAGAAUCCUAGGCCAUCCGGUUUAUAGGAUGUGUUCAACGAACAGCUGACCGUCUCAAUUUUCGAAUUCGUGAUGUCGGUAGCGGUGAAUGUAGGUUCAAGACAUGUUAAACGUGGUGUCCAACGUGACAUUCAACAUAUUUUUAAAAUAAACUUCGAAGUGGGGCAUUCACUUUCCCAAAGUCCCGAAUUACGAAAAAAAAUUCCCCGGAUUUUAAGAUUUUUUUCAAAAAAGUUAAUGAUACCGAGAGAAGUACACGGCGAAAUGGAAGAGCUGGCCUAGAUUUUUCUAGUCCCCGGAUGAAAUUCCCUUUUCUUCCGAUUUUUUUCCGUUUUCGUGCAAAUUUCUUAAAUUUUCAAUCGUUUUUUCACUGAACACACUUAUUUACAAUAUUUUAAAAAAUUUAUGUUUUUUUCUGUGCCGUGACGCCAAAAAAAUCGAUAAUCUGAAACGUUUUUUUUGUUGUUUUUCCGGGUUUUUCGCUCAAUCUUCGGUUUGCGCGCUGAAAAAUAAAUAGAAAGAGAUCGCUCAAUCAUUUCCUGAGUCUUAAUUAAAGUUUGCGAGUUACAGAAAGUUCUAUUUUUCAAAGUAAUGCGAAAAAUCCAAAACUUCCUAUUUUCAGUUUUACAAAAAGUGGCCGAAUUUCUGAAUUUUGUCUGAAUUUUGAAAGUUUCAGAUUAUCGAUUUUUUGGCGUCACGGCACAGAAAUUAAACAUAAAUUUUUUUAAAUAUUGUAAAUAAGUGUGUUCAGUGAAAAAACGAUUGAAAAUUUAAGAAAUUUGCACGAAAACGGAAAAAAAUCGGAAGAAAGGGGAAUUUCAUCCGGGGACUGGAAAAAUCUAGGCCAGCUCUUCCAUUUCGCCGUGUACUUCUCUCGGUACCAUGAACUUUUUUGAAAAAAAUCUUUAAAAUCGGGGAAUUUUUUUUCGUAAUUCAGGACUUUGGGAACGUGAACGCCCCACUUUGAAGUUUAUUUUAAAAAUAUGUUGUAUGUCACGUUGGACACCACCUUUAAACUCUUGUUUAACUCUGUGCCCUUAAGGUGAUCACGAUAAUAGUGGUGGCCGUUUUCUUCUCUCGACUCUCCGGCUCUCUCUUCUCGACGCGCCCGAAACACAGCCGAAGACGUCGACGGAAGCACGUCACAAAAGUGUACUUGGACCCGAAAGACUCCCGACGACACCACCACCAACACCAUCAUCGGAGACACUACCCGCCGGACCCGAAUCUCGAGGUGGUCCCUCCGCCCACGCAUCACGCCGCGCCCUAUCUCGCCCUCGACUCGGCGGCACUCUUCACUCCGAAACCGAAAGGAGACGUGCUGCCGGGCGACGUUCCCGACUGGCGCAGGGAAUGGCCGACGGUCCCAGAUGUUCAGCUGCAGAGGCACUUGAAUCAGCAGCGGAAGGAGGAACUUCGGCACAAGGGGUUCAAUGUGCCGCCGCCCGGACCAGUGGGACCGACUACGAAGUGAGUUAACGGUAUUUGACACAAAAUUUGCCACCGAAAAACCUCUGUAUCUCAGCUGCCUGUGGAGAUAUUAAAAAGUGGUCAACUGAUACAAUGUACACAAUUUUAUAAUGAACAAUUUAUCAGUUGACAACUUUUUGCUAUCUCUACAGACAACCGAGAUAUAUCGAUUUGAAGCGAUAUAAUUUCGACUUUACAGACUCGACUUCUACGCGCCGGAACCCGACGAGCCGGGAUUCCCGUGGAAGUACAAGACGCUGAACGAAAGUAUGCGCGAGCGGAGGGAGACUCAGGCGGAGCGCAUCAAAAAGCUCUACUACCAGCACUGGCCCGAAGAUCUGCCGAACAUGCCGAUGGAAAUGCGCAGGCGGAUGCAAGAGGAGCGGGAACGCAUCGAGACGCAGCGAAACAAGAGCAAGAUCAAGGGCUUCGAGGACGUUUAG